CAGAGCCCCGUCCGUUUCUUAGGAAAUUCAUGAACAUUGAGACGCCAACAAAAUGGCUCCCGUACCCAAGUAAUGGUGGGAAAGUGUUUAGAACUCUGUGACUAAAAUAGUGCAGGCCGCUGUGGUGUGGAGAGGGUUGAUAUUCGUGUUGAAAAUGAGGAGCGUGUUGACUGUGCUGGUGCUGGGACUGUGUAGCACAUUCCUGCCGACUUCUGCUUCCCGUGCCGAUUGUGAAGUUUGCAAAGAAUAUUUGGGGAGAUUUUAUAACUCGUUACUAGGACAAAAUAUUGAGUUUACACCAGCUUCCAUAGAGAGAGAAUUAAUUAACGCCUGCACAGAGUCUACGGGAAAAGAAAACCGCCUGUGUUAUUAUUUAGGAGCUACAGAUGAUGCUGCUACGAAGAUCCUGAGUGAAGUUACGCGUCCCAUGAGCGCACACGUGCCCGUUGAAAAAAUCUGUGAGAAACUACAGAAGAUAGACAUUCAAAUCUGUGAACUAAAAUAUGAGAAGGAAUUAGACCUGGAAUCGGUGGACUUGGCUAAGAUGAAGGUGGCAGAUCUCAGGAAGAUACUGGACAGCUGGGGAGAAGUAUGCAGGGCCUGCAUAGAGAAAACAGAUUUUGUGGCGCUUAUAAAAGAGUUGGCUCCAAAACAUACAACGAAAAGCCAAAAAGCAGAUCUUUAAAAUUCUACCAGUCUGACACAAAGUGAAUUAUCAUUAUGAGGAUGUUCUCUGCAAAUGAAAUGUUGAAAUGUGACUUCGCAUAAUGCCAAAAUAAAACUGAAAAGCUGUUAUGAAUAUUUUCUUCCUGAAUUCAAAAUACUAAAUAAAUAUGCCGGAAUAACAAACCUGCCACAACGUGUCCCUGUCAUUAAAUGAUACACUGUAUUUUUGAAUAUGUAACCAUGUACUACAGCCGGCAAUGCCAAUAGUCUGUUAGCACUGAUUGAACUGUAGGUAUGGGAGAGAAUUAAACUGUGAAUGUUGUUCCUGCUAUCUGCUAGAUCGUCUGUCAGUUAGAUAUUUACUGCUGAAAUUGUCCCAGGAAUAAAUUAUACUGCCUUUGGAAAAACAA